CGUGCCAUCUACGUGCGCAAUAUUGGUAGAAAAAACGUGUAACGGAGUAUAGGCAAUUAUAAUCAAUCAAGAUCAUUGUCAUCGUGCACUUUCUCCCAACGCUGUCGUUUUGAUCCUUUUCCAUAUAAACCCAAUCCCUCCGCCGUUCUCCGGCCAAACUUUCCGGCCUCAUCUCCGAUCCUCCAACCACCUCUGCACGCUCGAUUUCACGCUCGAUUUCACGCUCACGCCAAUUCCUCGUUACCGAUCCUUAUUGUUUCAACGAAUUAGGUCUUGUUUAAUACCUGAUUUUCGAUCACAAGAGAACUUAGAAAUUUCCUCCGGAGACGAUGAGUGCCGUAUUUGAGGGAUAUGAACGCCAAUACUGCGAGCUCUCUGCUAAUCUAUCCAAAAUUUGCACUGCAGCUGGUGCUCUUAAUGGAGAGCAAAAGAAGCAAAAACUUUCGGAAGUAAAGGCUGGAAUUGAUGAAGCAGAAGCUUUGAUACGAAAAAUGGAUCUUGAGGCAAGAAGUUUGCAGCCAAACAUUAAGGGUGUGCUUCUUGCUAAGUUGCGGGAAUAUAAAUCAGAUCUGAACAAUAUUAAAAGCGAACUUAAGAAACUUGUAUCUGGUAACAUGAACCCCUCUGCACGGGAUAUUUUGUUGGAAUCAGGCAUGGCAGAUGCUUUGACGGUAUCAGCUGAUCAAAGAGACAGAUUAAUGUUUUCAACUGAGAGGCUGAACAAGUCUGGUGACAGAAUUAAGGACAGUAGAAGAACAAUGUUGGAAACAGAGGAGCUUGGAGUGUCGAUCCUUUCAGACUUGCAUUCUCAGCGACAAUCUUUACUGCACGCACAUGACACACUUCAUGGAGUGGAUGAUAACAUAGGCAAGAGCAAGAAAAUUUUGUCGAACAUGUCUAAGAGGAUGAACAAGAACAAGUGUAUUAUUAGCACCAUAGUUGUGGUCCUGGUUCUUAUUAUCGGCGCAAUUCUGUACUUUAAACUUUCAAAAUAGACAAUAGAAGAUAUUUCUCUUAUAUCGCCACGACGCAAAGCUUUAUAGAAUUUCGCAUGUUAAUGUUGUGCAAUGCUGCAAGCAAAUUUGAAAAUAUUUGCUUCACAAGUGUGUGUGUGUCUUGUGUUGGCUUUGUCAUGUAAGAUUUGUAAGUAUUUUGUGAUCAGUUAUUGUGUGAAUUUUAUAUGAUACUAUUAAAAUAUACUGUUAUGUUGUAAAAUCUAUCUAAUCUAUUGGAUUAAAUGUUGUCCAUGA